UGGUCCGGCACACGUGAAUUUGAACUUGGUUUUGGUAUUAGCAUUUAGAUUCCACCUGGACGAGGCGAACAUGGACACAGGCGAAGAGCUGAUGUCCUGGCUGACGGAGCAGAGCAAACCGUAUAAUGCACGUGUUGAUUUCGCCCUGAAGGUCUGGCAAUCCGUGGAGUUUCCCUAUCCCAACAAAUAUGAGAUCAUUGUCGAAUGGCUGUCAAAAUCUUUGCCCACAUGCAAGGAGCCACCCAUUCAGCAGCUAAAGGAUUUCCUGCAACUGAAAGCGCAACCCGGCUGGGUCACUCAAAAGGUCAAAGAACAGCUAGUCCGCGCGCUGAUUUUGAUUUUCGCACGGCAAAUAAGUGCAACUGAGGCAGUGCUGGAACUUCACCCCUUGGUUCUCAACUCGGAGCUGCUCCAGGAUGUCCUAAGGUCAAGCAAUGCACUUCUUACCGAAUGCUAUAGCAACCUGUUCGAAUGCCACCGAAGAUGUGUAGACCACCGAAAGGAUGGAGAUCUAAACCAAGAGCACUGGGAUGCUGAGUUUAUAGUCCCUGUUCUCAAGCAGCUGGCAGAGACUGCUCGCCGCCAUCAGAACCCCGAUAAGCUGCUAGAAGAGUACGAGUUAAGAGUAGUCAAUCCACUAGUGGAGCUGCUCCUCGUCCUAAAAUCUCCAUACUUGGAAGAACUGGCCGAGUUGGAAAAGCAACUGAAGACGAAACCUCACGCUGAACGUUUCAAGGAACAUCCGAUUCAUGUGUCCAUGCUGUUAUUAGAGGCUUCCAUUCUAAAUCAUCGCCAUGACUCUGGCAAACUGAAAAAAAUCUUGAUAGUGGCGUUUAAGUGUUGUUUCGAAUUGGAGUCAAUGUUUCCGUUAGCCUCCUACUUAUUGAUGUCACUGCGCAAGUACGAUAUAUCCCUUCAGUUUAAAAUGGGUAAGACAUCCUUUACUGGCUUUACCUUCGUUGCCGAACAGCUGGUCCUUUUGGUGGGCAAAUACAAGAAAUCGCAUCUAAAGGAGGUUUUGAUACUACUGUGCUCGGCGUUGCGCUUUAAUCCUCUCCUGUUGGAGCAGAGUGUCUACCAAAUCACUGUUUGGAUGCUUACGACUCCCAAACAAAGUUCUGAAGAGGAGGAGUUGUACUCGGAGUAUCUGAUCCUCCUGCUAGACAUGUUCCGUCGCCUCAGUCGUGCAGAACGCUUCAUCAUGGAUUUGUUGAAGGCUCUUAAGGAGUGGCUGGGAAAGUACUUACUGCAUGAUUUCCAUAGCGAAGCCAAAAAGCGGCGACUACAGGACUCGAAGGUUGAGAUUGCUGAUGAGAAGGAGAAGGAGCAGGAGCGCUUUUUAAGUAUAAUCUUUACCAGAAAUCCCAUAAGUACAGCUGCCACUGCAAAUGAUGCCUUUAAGCAGCUGUCCCAAACCUGGCCAAGUCACUCCGCAGGUGUGGCCUUCAGUCGCCUAGUAAGCAACCUGAUGACCAAACCCUCGCUGGUAAUUUGGAAGACUCUGUUGCAUUCAUUUGUAGAACUUCUAAAGGAGGAUAAACCGCAAGGAGUGCGGGCCGAAAAUCUGGACUUUUCUCGUGAACUGCAUGCUGCGUUGCUCUGUCAGUAUUUAAACGGCACAAGACUAGCGGAGCAAGUGCAUCUUUAUCAGGUGCAAGUGGAGCAGCAACUGCAGCAGACUUCAGAAGUGCUGGAGCAGUUUGGACAGCUAUUACUCCGCCAGGAGCACAAUCGUCGGCUUAUGAAUGCUUUUCUGGAGUGCACGGAGAAGGCCAGUGGCUUCGAACUGCUCCUUAAGCACUACUGGCCAGAUGGUUUCCCCGCCAGCGAACGGCCAUUGCAACUGAGGGGCUUCCUGCCUACCACUGGGUGGACCCUGAUCCAACAGAGGGUGCACAAUUUCGGCAAGAGCUCCUGCCGACACCGAUUGCAGCGCUUGGAGGUACAGUUGGCCGAGAGUGGUUGGUUGCUCCAAGAUCAAAGAAGAGCUAAUUGCUCUGAUGCACUGGCAGAGUUGGUGGAACCCCAUCAAAUCUUUCGGCUUACAAGGCCACAGAAGCAGCUUCGUUUGCAUCAUAGGACGCACGAUCCGGACAAGGAUUCGUGUCUGGAGGAUUCGGAGUUCGUGGAACUAGUCACCAUCCAGCUGCUUAAGGAUUUUAUAGCAAUUGUAAAAGAGGCUAAGAUCAAGGGCUCACUAUUGGUAAAACUGAAAUUGGAGGAGCAGGUGGAGGAGGCUUCCUUGGCAAGUUUUCUAAGGGAGAAUGCCUCGACUGAUAAGGAGCUGCCUUUGCCUUUGGCCCAGGAGCUGGUGGAGUCACUGCAUCGCUUACCACUGGCUCAGUUAGCCAGUAACAUUCGCUCUCGGCUUUGGUUGGUGAUCUGUGUUUUGUACAGAGACCUCAGUCAUAGCCAGCAGAAGGAGGAGGCCAAUCAAGUACUGGAACUACUGAUAGAUCUUAUGCACUUCGGUCAUCCGCUGCCCGUAUGCACUUACUUUCCCCAGCUGAGCGAACUACUAAACCUAAUCCCCACCAGCACGACGACCGGAUGGAGGUUCUACGAAGCACUCUUUGGCCGCUGCAUUCGUCGUCAGAGUGCCGGCAGUGAGGCAUUCCUUACAAGCUGCACUGAGUACCUUAAGGAUCAACUGGUUGCCACCAAAAAGUUGAAAACGGAGCAGUGUCGCUUCUUGUUGCUGGCCAUCGAAACUCUUUCCAGUGUGACUGGCGUUCAGGGCAGACGGCUGCAGCGCCAACUGCAGCCACUUCUCGAGAUCUAUGGCCAAAUGGUAGCCCACAAAUUUCGCUCCAAAAAGGAUCCAUCGGCAUACAAGGAGUUCGUGGAUACCACUCUAGCCGGAUUUGCAAUCUAUGUCAGCAGCUGCAUCAAUCGCGUGGCCAGGCAGGAGAGGGAAAAGGAGCAGGCUGAUAAGAAAAAGGAGCAAACGGAAGCAGAGGAACCACAGGGGGAGCAGGAACUGGAAAAAAAGAAGAAAAAGAAAAAGAAUAAGAAGGAAAAUGAUGAAGAGGAGGAGGAUAACAAGAAGGAGGAGGAGCCGGAACUAAUAGAUGAGAACUUCCGACGCAUUUGCAAGAUUUUCAUCGGUAACUCGCUUAACUAUCGCAAUUCCCAUGCUAUUCGCCUGCUGAAUGUGGCCCUUACCCAUCGUGAGAGAUUACAUUUGGAACCAGUUGAGAUCGAGUUCGUAUUGAGCAGCUAUUGGCGGCAACUGAAUACGGAUAUUGAGGCGGGAGACAUCUCCUCCAGUUCGGUGUUGGAUUGUGUGGAGCCCGCCAUCAAGCUGAUCAUUGGCUACAGGACCAACGAGGAUUUUCUGCUACUCCUGCGUAGCUUGUCUUCCCAAGUGGAGCAGAUGCCACGUCCCGAGUCACCCGCCCAGCACAUAGCACUCCAGAAUGUGCUCACCUUGUUGGCCCUCUUUUCCAAAUGCUCGCUGAGCAACGUGAAAGGAGCGAUGCUCAACGAGCACUUUGAGAUGAUCAGCGUGAGUGUGGCUCUGCGUCUUCCGGAACCCAAGGAUCCAGCAUAUCGUGGCCACGCCCUGCGACUGCUGGAGGCCCAGCGCAAUCUUGCCGGAAAUCGCACAGUUCCUCUUACAGGAGAGACUUUGGAUUGCCUGUUAGGCAGCAUGUUGGAUGUGGACAUCAAGCACUUGAUCAGGCAUGGUGGCAGUUGGCAGGACUUCGUCGAUCUGUACGGAGCAAUAACGGAAAACUUGGUGGUGCUGCUGAAACAGCAUAGCAAUCUGAUGUCCGACCGGGCUGCCCAGAUGAGUGCUCUGUGCCAGGAUCUCGUCCAGGCCGUCAUUGGUUAUCGGGCGGAGCGAAAACAGACGCAGGAUAUAAACGAAUCGGAGCUUGAUGGUUUGGCUGAUUUGGGUCUUAAGUUGGCCACUGUAAUGGCCACCGUGGCCACGACUCAGGCUUUGGCCGUGAAACGAGUGGCGCCGUUCCUGCUUAUCUUCACCAUCCGCCAGAUGGUGGCUACCGAAAGGCCCACCACGCUGUUCGAAAAGGUUAAGGUCCAUAUCGUACGCGUAUGCCACGAGCUAAUCGGAAUUUGCGAUCACCGAGCCGGACACUUUAUCCUGCGCUCAAGCAGCGAGGCGGGCGCUAGGAUGUACGAGGGAUUAGUAAAGGAGCACGAAAAGUACCACAAAUUCAGGGGCAAGGUGUAG